AUGCAGAGGCAACAUGACAGAAAGGCAAGUAAGAACAAAGACCAGUUCCCUGAGCAAGAAAAGCAAAGCAGAAUUAACCACUCAAAGAGAAGUGUCGGAAGGCAUGAGGUGUGGUCCUGGACAACAGCUACCAAGGAAUCCUUGUGUCUCGUGUGGCAAAAAGUGAAAGUGCAGCUAAUGCUAAGCAUGUCUUUCCUUGCUGCUGUUUUUUGGUAUUGUAGAAGGCUAUACAGCUUUUUAGCACAGCUACUGAAAUGGUGGAACAACUACCUUCAGAGAAAACUCAUAAGGAAUCUCAGUGUGCUGACAGAAGUUGAUCUACUUGGUUAUAGUGCAAGAGAAUGGAAAGGAGAAACAAAGCAGGCCAAACACAUGAGGGAGGCUUAUGAGGAAUUGUUUUGGAGCUGUCAUAUCAAAUACCUGAGACAAGUCAGGAGAGACAACUAUAGUGCAGUAAGAGCGGUGCUUUUUCAGAUAUUCAGCCAAGGCAUUCCUUUUCCUUCAUGGAUGAAGGAAAGAGAUAUAUUGAAGCUUCCUGAAAAGCUUUUGUAUUCUCAAGGUUGUAACUGGAUUCAGCAAUACAGUUUUGGGCCAGAAAGAUACACAGGUCCCAAUGCCUUUGGGAAAUUGCGCAAAUGUAUGGAGGCAUUAAAGACAAAUUGGGCUGAAAUAAGUGCUACCAAAGAUCAUGAAAAAAGAGAAAACAUGUGUAGUACACUCUUUUCUGAUGAAAGCAAGGAACACAAACUAUAUGAGGCCAUAAAGUUCAUCAUGCUCUAUGAAGUUGUUGAAGCCUAUGAGCAGAUAAAGAACAGGGAAGAACCUGUACAUAACCUUUUUAGCCUUCUUUUUACUCGUGAUACUUCGUCUGACCCUCUGAGUUUCAUGAUGAAUCAUCUGAACUCCAUAGGUGAUUCUAUUUGCCUAGACCAGGUUGAACUGUUUCUUCUUGGAUAUGUACUUGAAGUAAAGAUAAGAGUUUACAGACUGCAUAGGUUUAAUACUGAGGAAUUUCAAGUAAACUAUCCAGAUGAAUACCGAAGGGAAUGGAAUGAGAUUUCUCUCCUGACUGAGGAUGACCACUACUAUCACAUCCCCCUGUUCAGAACAUGAAGGACCAGUGACUUGUUUUUCCUUUGUAAAAUGUAGUGAGUGACCAGUUCCAGUGAAUUAGGUUUCUAAUCAUUAGCAGUAAAAUCUUGAGAAUGCUCGUUAAUGAUUACAGAAUGAUUUAUGGGUUUAUUGUGUAAACAUUUUGCUUUCCCAUUGCAGAUCAGUUCACCAGCAGUCAGACAUAAAAACCAUAAAACAUAUUGCUAUAGUGUCUGGGGAAAAAAAAAGUCGCAUUUGAGGGUUGUCAGACAAAAAAAAUUGGACUGCCUGACAAAGAAAGCAAAGGUAAUGCUGGGUUUUCGAUUACUGGCAUAAUGGUUUACUCUGGAUGGGUUAAACUCAAGUGCCUAAAGCAAUGAGACUGCCUAAAGCAAUGAGACUGCCUUUCCCUACUGCCUGUCUAUCUCUAGCUAGGGAGGAUGAAUCACAGAGGAAGCAACUCUUGGGGUCCCACAGUUUAUACUCCGAGGUAUUUAAAUUGUAUUGACUUGGGGCUGCCUGGCAUGGGAGGACAUAAACUGGGGCCUUUGUGUAGCUGCUUCAAAUCUCACUUGGCUUCCCUUGUUGCUGGAAUGCCUCUCUCCAGGGAUGGGCAGAGCAAGCAGCUGCAGGCUGUACUUACUUCAGUAAGCCACUUAGUAGUGGCUAAAGAGGCCACUACUAAUUGAUCACAGGCAACAGAGUUAGACCCAGUCGCUGCGUGUGGUUUUUGUCAACUUGUAAAUCCUUUAAGGGAUGAUUCCAACAUUACCUGCCAAGAUUUCCUUUGCAAUUCAUCUGAGAAAACUGCGCAUGGAAUACAUUCACAAAUACUGCAUUUUCAGAAAAUAUUCAUUUUCUAUGCAUUAUGUGAAUUCAGUAGUGUUGCAUACAUGUUUUACCCUCUGAGUAUGUAUUAAACUCCUUGGUUAAGAUUGCUAUCACUUAUUUAGAUCUCCAUGUUUGAAGAAUUCUGUCUGGGACAACUAAAUGAAAUUUACCUUACUACAUGGAACAUUUUGCUCAGUUCUGUUUUCUAAAAGAAUCAGUUGUGUUUUGAUUAUUUCAAAAUAAGGGACCUUAACUUGAAGAAAUCUUAGAUUUCACAAAAUAUUUGUGAAAAGCUUACAGUGCCGUAGGCAUACGGUUGUAUUGAAGAAAACAGGAUUAAUUAAGAAACAAAGCCUCUCCUUUCCUUAUCCUGGAGAUACGAGGACAGGCAGGUUUGUUUUUCAAUUCCUUCAGGAGAAAAUGCUAACCAGUAAUAAAAAUGUGAACAGGGCCUGCAGGAGCUAAAGCAGUUGCAUGAGGUAUUUAAAUGUAAUGCUUGGAGUCAAUGGAGAGUACUCAGUUCCUUUUUGUAAAGGAAAAAUUUUAUCCCUUACACUCCUUUUAUUUGUAUGUAUGUGUAUAUAUAUUUAUAAACACAAACACUUAAGUUCUGUAUUGUAGCAGUUUUGUUUCCUGGAAGUGUUUCUGAGUUCAGUUUUGUUCAGUAACUUGUAGCUUUUAAUUAAGAAGGUUUGAUAGCUGUAAUAAUUUCAUCUCAUCAAAACCUGCAUACCAGAUACUUUAUUUAUUAAAAGGAACUCUUUUUCACUGAAUGAAAUCAUUUUAUUACUUUAGAUUUGGUUCUGCUCUGCAUGGGGAAAUGUUAUAAUGCUUGAGUGUAGAAUAUUGCUGUCUAUUUUGCAUCGACAAUAACAUUUACAGCUGUCAAUAAACUUGUCUGUAUUUUAUUCUUGUUUUGGUGCGAGCAGACAUACAAAAAAUAUGUAUUUUAUAGUGGACCUUUUAAUGAUUUGCAUAUUAUUUAUGAAUAGAAAUACAAAAGUAUUACAGCUGAAAUUGAUAAAUUGUCAAAAUGUACAUUUUUGUGAUCUUGAACAUAUUAAUAGCAGGUGAUUAAUAAAGAUCUAACACAGACAGUGGAA